AUGUGGCUGCAGGUAGAGCUUGCAGCUGCAACCUGCCGUAAGUACAGUACUACCCAUUCUUGUCGUCCCAUGCACGAACAAACUAUAAUGCAAACCCCACCAGGUGAAGCAAUCUGCGACAAUAAAACUGGCCUGCCAAAACCUGGCUUCGAGCCUCAGUUCCGAGACUGCAUCCUCGGUGCUCAUGACGCCUAUUCUAGGAAAUUUGCUGGCGUUCCUCACCUCGACUCAGACAGGUGUGAACCGACUGUGCCAUUGCUGCUGCAUUGCGAAGGCGAUGCAUGGAGUUAUGGGCUGCAUCAUCAUGAGAACAUAGAUAGAUGCUGAGGUUGUUUGCUUCUCACAAACCUCGAGAAAAUCACACUGUAAAUCCCCGUGGCUUCAGCUUCAUCUCAUCCGUUCCGACUCACGACCUACAUGCAAGCCUCAUUCUGUUUCUACCCAUCCGGUCAGUUCUUCGACUCACGACCUACAUGCUUGUUCAGCUUCAUCAAUCCGUUCAGUGUUUCGACUCACGACCUAGCACCACAAUCCCGCUUCUAAUCCCUUUUGGGUGAGCAAGAGGAGCAAGAUAAGAGGGAGAAACUGAUGUCCAGCAGGUUCGAGAAGUUUGAGCACGAGCACCCACAUACCAAAGUACGAUUCUUUGGCCCUGGUGAGGUCGGCGGUUCUUGGUAUGAUCCGCGUCGUGACGAUCAAGCUCGCGGUGUGUCGAGAAGAUUACACUUAAGGCAGUCAAGAUAUUCAUACAUAUAAAUAUUUAUUAUUGUUUUUUGUUUCCGAGUUAGGUGUGCUCCACCGAUAUUAUUGUUUUUCAUCUUUUAUUCUUUGAAAAACUGAAGUUGAAGUAUCUGCGUUCACAAUCCACGACCGCACCUGGUAACUAGAAGAACCAUUGAUCAACGAAACCGAAGAGACAGAGAUUGAGAAUACUAUUCUUUCAUACAUCAGCUUACUUCACAUAAGUACGUAGAAUAUAAUUAAGACUUACAUGAUUCGGAAUAUAAUUAAGACUUAAUACAUUAAAUGUAGAAUAUUAAGACUUACAUGAUUCGGACAUUGUAGGUCUACUGGCUCUAACAAUCGAAGAACUUUCCCAUUUGGCUGUCGCCUCUGUCCCCGACCAAGAGCUGCGGAGAAUAUUGCUCUCAGCAGACGAAGGAACUGGAACAUCUCCAGUCCUGGCUCAAGGCAGCCCUUUUUCUCCUCAGCAAGUCGCCGAUGCGAUGCACUUGGGCCACAAGUUGAACCCCCACAACAAGCCAGUGUUUGGCCCGGAUGGUAUCUUCAAGAAUCCAGGAGAUGCUAAGAAACGUGCUGAAGAAUUGAAGGACAACUUGGCCCAUCACGCCGCAGACGGCGCCCACCAUGGCUGGGAAGCGGCUCGCGACAUCUUUCAUCACCCCAAGGAUGCGGGUCUUAUGAUUCCACCAAAUUUUACUCUACUUGUUACUUCCGCAGUAAAUUGUUGCAGCAGCAGCAGCAGCAGCAAGUGAGUGGUCUCGACCUCGAUCUGCGUCCUCUGCAUUUAGUAGCAAGAACUUAUUUCUUGUUCUCAUCUACUGUCUAGUUCGUCUUCGUUUUAUUAGGCCUUCACGAACGGAGGACACUACGACUAGUACCAUUGAUUCAAUCUUGCAUGAGCUACAAUUUCUACUUCUCUUUCAAUCAUCAUCAACAUGAUCCCACCUUCACCGUCUAAUCCCCACAAGAUGCACGAUCUGCAUCAUUCUUUGGACCACACUGCAAAAGCGCAUGAGAAGCAUGCACCUACCCCGUGGAAGCACUGGUUGGAGGAUCAAAUGGACCAUCAGAAGCGCAAACAUGCCAAGGAUGCCAAAGGUGUGGAACAUGUUUACGGAGUAGGAGAAAGUUUUGAAUAUGUUGUUGUUGAAUGCGUUGAAUUUUGAAAGUCUGAGUUUCGAUUGGUUUAGAUUUAUGUGUGGAAGCUGUAUCAAGCAUGCCAUAUGUGGCACGGGUAACCACGUCGACGUUCGGCUCAUCUAACCCAUAGUGUUGAGAACCGAUAUUACCAGACAGGCUCGUCCACCCCCUCGGGCUCGACCCCUGUUGAUCCUAAAAGCCUUUCAAAGCAUUAGCAUACGAUACCCCCAUUAAAAGCAUACGUCGAUACCCCCAACAUUAUUCUUUCUUCACUCCCCGUCCCAUACCUCUAACCUCCCAUCGAGGACAACAAGGUCGACCUUGGUGACGUUUUGAGUGGUAUUGUGGAUCGGGUGGAUCCCGAUCAUAAGUUGCUGUCUAGUGCAGACCAAUUGCAGCUGCCAGAGCAGUGGCGUCGUGUACGGAUUCCAGAACAAAUGCCGGAUAAAGUCCCUCAUUUGGGGGAAAAGUGGGACUGGGAAGAGGGGAAAGGUAAGUACUUCAGUAGGUUAAUAGUACAACCUAGUAUAAUAGUACAAUCUAGUAAUAGUACAAUCUAGUAAGUAAUAGUACAAUCUUCUAGUAAUACUACAUCAAUCUAGCAAUAGUACAAUCUAGUAAUAAGUACAUAGUAUUCGACGUAUUGAAGUUCUUUCAGUUUGAGUUUCUAGUAUUCGUAUCGAAGUUCUUUCAGUUUCUUGAAUUGAACAGAAAGUAGAAAGAUGAUCUUGAUUUUACUUGCUCUCUCCGUGGUUGGUUUCCCUCUGAUGUACUUGCAUCUAUCUCGACAUGCUUCCUCCUCUUCAACACCACAUCAACUCAUAGUCCCUACAACGACUUAUAAUCCCCUAGCAAGAGCUCUAGCGCUUGUUCUACUACUUGCAUAAACAUAUUGUUAUUGAGAAAACUCCUUCCUUGGUUUUAGAGAACGCACUUUGAAAUAUCAAUUCCAACAGAUGCCGUCGCCCAUUCUGCUGGCAACUUGUUUUCUGGAGAUGAGGCACGGUCAAAAGCUGAGGCAGAGCGACUUUGGAAGGGUGGGCGCAAACAAUGGGAUGACGCAAGACGCCAUGUUUUGAGGAAAGUUAAGUGUCAUCGAUGUAUCAUCUACUUGUUGUUGUUGUUGUUGUCGUUGUUGACUCUGACUUCAAUAUAAUACCUAAUACUAAUCAAGAGUAAGUAAGAAUGUGAUUAAUAGGGGGUCAAGUAGGUUUUUUGUUCGAUAUAAUGGAUGCUUUCAAGUAUUAAGUAUACAAGGACUACAACACAUGCACCCACGAGGAUUGAAAUAACUACAUUAACAUUUGUUUCCACUCACAGUCACAAACCAUAUUGAUUUAUAAUAUACAACUCCUGAACACUCUUCUAACAAUGACCGACAUCACCAUCACCCGCCUGAGCCGAGUUUUGAAACGUGUGUUGUGAACGAGAAGGCGCUCAGAAUUAUGCAUGCGGUUCACGAAAACUUGGAAGACUUAGUCCCAAAAGCGGAGUUCUUGAUCGGUAACUUCUACUACACUACCUGCAUCGUCCUCAUCAAAACGCAAUGAAGUUCGUAAUCAACAUCUUUUGAUGAUCUCUAAGUUGCAUCCUCAUCCAUCAUGUAGUACUAACAUGUCAAUAUCCUGUUUGUUUGUUUGUUUGUCUGUUUGUUUUGAUGCGCUCCGGGCGACGUGAUCCUCAUCCAUCAUGUAGCACAUGUCAAUGUCAUCCGUUUCCGUAUGGUGAUGAAGAUGUCAUUCUCACCUGCAUGGACGGCGAAUAUUUGUUCUUCUUUUCUUAAAACCUCAACACCCUAAACCCUUUUCUUCGUCCAGCCGUCAAGCUCGUCCUCUCCAUCCCGUUGAUGAUUUUGGCUUUCCUUGGGACGCGAUGGGGAUUCCGGAUGUGGCGUGCGGCCAAGCGCGGAUAUCGUCCGACAUUUCAGCAGACUGGCAUGAUGAUUAAGGUUUCCCCUAAUCCAAAACCAUUUCUUCUAUAGAAAUCUUCUAUACAAAUUAAUCCCUCAACAGUAUGCACCCCAAUAAAAGAGAGAUACAACUGGCGCAUAUUCUUGAGGGAUUUCCAGAGGGAUGAGUUGGGGGGUGGUCUAAGAUGAUGCAGCAAGGCCCAAUGACCGCGCCACUAGUGCAGAAUGGACAAAUGAUCCCCAUGCAGGGAGUCGCCGGCCAUCAAUGGAUCAAUACCGGCGGAGCCCCUGGGUUUCAGUUAUGUGAUGUAGUUCCUGUAGAAAUUAUAGAAAUAAUCGUGUGAUUAUUUGUGGAAAGAGAAUAAGCAAGAGGAUGUGAUAGAAGAAAGGUCAUAUCGUGUGAUUAUUUGUGGAAAGAGAAUAAGCAAGAGGAUGUGAUAGAAGAAAGAUCAUGAGUAUCGGUGGAAUAAAUAGUAUAAUAUACUAUAGAUUAUAUUGGGCUAUAAUCGUUGUCCAUGAAAAAAUAAAAGUAGUAUCUUCUCUCUAACCUCUGCCGCACAAGACGGAACAUCUGCUUACUCAGUGCAGUACCCAGCAUUGACACAGGGCAUGGCGCAGCAGGCUGCAGCCGCGGGUGACGCUGAUGGAGUGUAGAUGAAGAAGAUGGAAGGGGUUUUUAUACAUAGGGAUGAUGUUGAUGAAUGAUGACAAGAAAAUAAGGUGGAUGGAGGUGUUAGAUGUAUCAUGAUGAAAAAGGGUACUUGCACCGACGAAGACAUCUACUACUACUAGGUGGACGGAGGAGGUGUAUGAAAAAGGGUACAAGAACUAGGAGGUGGAAGACAUCUGAAUCUAAUGGGUUGAGGUGAGACAGUACUUCUAACUACGAGAGGUGAAGGAAAGUACGGUAGUUAUAGCGUUAUAGAAGCAGAAAGGUCAAUGUGGAGUUUAGGUGACCUUGCUGGUUCUUUGAGAAAAUGAUCUUCGACCAAUUUGAGAAUAUACAAUGUCGAAUUAGAAUUACUUCAUCGCGCAGACAGAAACAGUAACGAAACAGGUCGUGAGAUACUACCGUGUAGACAGCUAACAAAGUAUGUUGUGAAAAAAGUCCAGAAUGAAAUAAAUGAGUUGUAUUGCUCUGGUGGGCUCAGAGGUAAGAAUGAAACCAUAACAAGCACAAGCAUCCAUGAAAUAUAUCGAUUUUGAUUCGAAGGAGUACAGUCAACAUCAGAAAAACUCCAAGUAUAACAAUUUUCGCUCUACAAAUAUGCAUAUAAUGUUGAGAAGAAUAGUAUGACCAGCAUGCGUAGUGUAAAAUGCUGCACUAUUGUGAACAGCAAAAUCCUUGCUAUUAGCAAAAUGCUUGGGAACCGGGAUAUGACUAGCAAAAUGAUUGGGAACCUUGCUACUAGCAAAAUGAUUGUUGCUACUAGCAAGGUGAUCGGGGAUAUAACAACAUACAACGGCGUAGUCUUGAACUUUCUUUACUCAUGAUUUUCCAAUGUAUAUGACCAAUCUAAUUUCAGUAUCAAAAAAUAUUCCUCCAAAAAUGCCAUUGAAUUCAGAAAUGUAUUAGUAAAUCCAAAAAAGACAAUUAAAAGUGCAUGAACAAUAGGCUGCUCCAUUUAAACAUUGCAGAAAAAAAUAUUUCUACAAAAGGUGAAUUACAAGACCCAACAAAACUUUCGAGUGUGCUGCGAGGGUGAGGCUAUCACUAGAGGUAGUGAGCAGUCCAUUUGUAUCUAUAGUGAAUUCUGCUUGUGGAACGUGCAUUUUUCAAAAAUAAGGAAAUCUAUGCGUAUGCUUUCUUCAUCAAAGAGUAAGCAACGAUCGGGAAGAGGG